GAAGCAGCAAGUUGAAAAACUAUAUAGGCACAGGCAUUAUUCUGCUGCUGCCUUUUUGGGUCUCUGACCAUGUGGCUUUAUAACUUUUUGCUGGUCUUAGACCUAAAGGCAAUUCUUCUGUUUAUUUUUUCCUUCCUUUUGAUCGCAGACUUCUUUAGGAACAGGAAACCAGCAAACUUUCCUCCAGGACCAAAGGCUCUCCCCUUUGUGGGGAACAUGUUAAAUCUGGACAGCCAACAUCCACACAUCUUUUUCAGCAAGUUGGCUGACAUCUACGGGAACGUCUUCAGCUUCCGCCUGGGCAAGGAAUCCAUGGUGGUCGUGAGCGGACACAAGUUGGUGAAAGAGGCCAUAGUGACACAAGGCGAGAACUUUGUGGAUCGACCGCCUAAUGCAAUCGCUGAAAGGUUUUACACUGAACCCUCAGGUGGUCUUUUUUUUAACAACGGAGAGAUAUGGAAAAGGCAGCGGCGUUUUGCUUUAUCUACUUUACGCACCUUUGGCCUGGGCAAAAACACGCUGGAGCUGAGCAUCUGUGAGGAGAUCCGACAUCUGCAGGAGGAAAUAGAGAAUGAGAAAGGUAAACCCUUCAGCCCAGCAGGCCUCUUCAACAAUGCUGUCUCUAACAUAAUUUGCCAGCUGGUUAUGGGGAGAAGAUUUGACUACCAUGACCAAAGCUUUCAGACCAUGCUGAAGUACAUGUCUGAAGCGCUUUGGCUGGAAGGGAGCAUAUGGGGUCAGCUUUAUCAGGCCUUUCCUCAAGUGAUGAAAUAUAUACCGGGUCCUCACAACAAACUCUUCAGCAAUUUUACUGCCAUAAAGGAGCUCCUGCAAGAGGAAAUAGAAAAGCACAAGAAGGAUCUGGAUCACAGCAAUCCCAGAGACUACAUUGACACCUUCCUCAUUAAAAUGGAGAACCACCAAGAAGCUGAGCUGGGAUUCACAGAACGUAAUCUGGCUUUCUGCUCUCUCGACCUCUUCCUCGCUGGAACAGAAACAACAGCCACCACACUGCUGUGGGCCUUGCUUUUCCUCAUAAAAUACCCUGAAGUCCAAGAGAAAGUCCAUGCAGAGAUCGACACAGUUAUUGGACAGACUCGCCUGCCCUCCAUGGCCGACAGGCCGAACCUGCCCUACACUGAUGCUGUGAUCCAUGAGAUCCAGAGGAUGUCAAACAUUGUUCCUCUGAAUGGACUCAGGGUUGCUUCCAAGGAUACAACUCUGGGUGGUUACUUCAUACCAAAGGGAACAGCGGUGAUGCCCAUGCUGACCUCUGUACUGUUUGACAAAACUGAGUGGGAGACUCCAGACACCUUCAAUCCUGGACACUUCCUGGAUGCUAAUGGGAAAUUUGUGAAGAAAGAAGCGUUCCUGCCCUUCUCUGCAGGGAAACGUGUGUGCCUCGGUGAAGGCCUCGCUAAGAUGGAGCUGUUCCUGUUUUUGGUCGCCUUGCUGCAGAAGUUCACGUUCUCUGCUCCUGAAGGAGUUGAGCUGAGCACUGAAGGAAUAACGGGGAUUACCCGUGUGCCUCACCCCUACAAGGUCUCUGCUAAGGCUCGCUGAGCUGUGGACAUCUCAAAAAAACAAGUUUGGCUCAAAAGAAGACCAGGCCACUGUUUGAUUGCAGCUUGUUAAGAAAACAUGUUGAUUGCUGAUAGAUGUGUGCAUUUAUUCUGAGUGAUCAUCGCUAACAACACAGCAUACUUUGCAUUAAUGACUCCAAACAGGACUGAGCAAGGAUUCUGCUUUUGCAACAUCUCCCUAAAAAUAAGUCCAAAGCUGAAAGCAAGUUUAACAAAAAAUAUUUGCUCCUUUUUAUUGAAGGGACUAAAGAGCGAAAUACUAAAACCUGGAAAUGUAUCUAUUUGGAAAUAUAUGGCCAUCUACUUUUUUUAUAAACACAGGGUUUAAACAGGUAAGUUGUAAUUUUGAGGAUUUUUUUAUAUUAUUAUUAUUAUUAUUAUUAUUAUUAUUAUUAAUCUUUUUUAUACAAGUUAGUCCCUUGAGACUCAGCGCCUCAUUGUAUAAGAGAAACUUGUUUAAACACAUAACAUAAAAUUACAACAAUUUACAACAGCAGUUAUAAAUUUGUCCCAACAUAUGGUUUAAAAUUUCAUGACAAAAUUAAAAUAUGCACAAAUGA